ACGCAGCGAAAGUGAUAUUAAAACAUUUGGCACAUGUAAUAACUAUACUGAAAAUGAUAAAAUAAAAAAAAGAGAAAAAUGGUUAAGAGACAAAUCACCUGACACAAUUGAUGAUAGAAGAAAUAUUUCAUCUAUUCUUCCAAAU